UUAAAAUGCUAUACAUACGUUGAAAAAUGACAAUAACCAAUCAACAACAAUAGUAUAUCUCGUGUAAUUCUAUUAAGUGAAGUGUGUAGAGGAAAUAAUGUACAACAUCAUUUUGCAUAUUCACGACGAAACUAUAUAAGGCUGUUCUAUCACAUUGAUUUCAAGUUUGGUGUGAUUGCAUUUGAUAGAACUUACUGAGGCUUUCUCACUAUUUGGAUAUUAAGAGCAAUAGCUUUUGUGUUUGUCUGUAUAUAAAUCGAAAAAUUGUUACUAAAAACCUGACUAACCUAUACUUGUUUGUAACUGAUGUAGUCUAUCCCUCAGCCACACUCAGACUGUGUCGGAUCGAUGUCAAGUGGUGUUCAUUAUCUGCCUUGGGACACAAAAACUCACCAUUUGGAUUGAUGGUCACUUCAUCUGGAGAAAACAGAAGCUUAAGAGCCGCUUGAAAUGAGGUUGCAAAGUUAUCGGAACACCAGUUGCAGUUGUGCAUCUCCUUGCUUAUCUUCUUUGGUCAGGGUACUCGGGAUUCACCUCUAGCAAAUUUGAGAAAUGGAGAUUGGGUUAGCAGUUGGCGGUGCAUUUCUCUCUUCAGCUUUGAAUGUUCUCUUUGAUAGGCUUUCUCCUGACGGUGAUCUGCUCAACAUGUUCCGGAAGCAUAAAGAUCAUGUCAAGCUCUUAAAGAAGCUGAAAAUGACUUUGCGUGGUCUUCAGAUUGUGCUAAGUGAUGCAGAGAAUAAGCAGGCAUCAAAUCCAUCUAUGAGCGACUGUCUUAAUGAGCUUCGAGAUGCUGUCGACUCUGCUGAAAACAUACUUGAAGAAGUCAAUUAUGAAGCUUUGAGGCUUAAGGUGGAAGGCCAGCAUCAAAAUCUUGCAGAAACAAGCAACCAGCAAGUAAGUCACCUCAGCUUGUCCUUGAGUGAUGAAUUUUUUCUUAACAUAAAGGAUAAGUUGGAAGAAAAUAUUGAAACAUCGGAGGAGUUGCAAAAGCAAAUUGGUUGGCUUGACCUGAAAGCGCAUCUUGAAUCGGGUAAACAAGAAACUAGAAGACCUUCAACUUCUGUGGUUGAUGAAUCUGAUAUCUUUGGUAUGCAGAGUGAAACAAAGGAGUUACUUCAAGAAUUUGGCUUAAAGGUUGAUAACAAUCUGAAUCAACUUCAAGUCAAAUUGAAGGAGAGCUUUAAGGGAAAAAAGUUUCUUAUUGUCUUAGAUGAUGUAUGGAAUGAAAACUAUAAAGAGUGGGAUGACUUGAGAAAUCUUUUUGUACAAGGAGAUGUAGGAAGUAAGAUCAUUGUGACGACGCGUAAGGAGAGUGUUGCCUCGAUGAUGGGUUGUGGGGCAAUCAACGUGGGGACUCUGUCUAGUGAAGUCUCUUGGGAUCUAUUCAAGCGGCAUUCACUUGAAAAUAUGGAUCCUGAGGAACAUCCAGAACUUGAAGAGGUUGGAAUACAAAUUGCACACAAGUGCAAAGGAUUGCCUUUAGCUCUAAAGGCACUUGCUGGUAUUUUACGCUCCAAAUCAAAGGUGGACGAAUGGAGAGACAUUUUAAGAAGUAAAAUAUGGGAGCUGCAAAGUUGUUCGAAUGGAAUCUUACCAGCGUUGAUGUUGAGCUACAAUGAUCUUUGUCCAGAUUCUUUCUACUCUGACAAGAUUGAUAAUUUCAAAAUGCCCUGA